AUGUCGGGCAUUCUUCGCAGACUCACGGGUGGGAAUCUAGAAGUCGCCAAGUUUGGAAUGUACAUUCUCUUCCCCAUUGGCUGGAUGUAUUACUUUGGCACCAACCUCGAAGAACGAUUCACAGUCCGCGACUUCUGGCCCACGGCCGAACAAUCCCACAAAAUUCCGGAAUCGAAAGAAGAAAUCGAUCUCGAGCUGAGCAGGAUGCGAAGGCUAGAGGCUCUCAAACGGGAACGCAGGCUACGAGAGCAGCAGCAGCAACAAGAGACUGCUACUGCUGAGGAGACAAGCCAAUAA